GUCAGUCAUCGGUUCACAUUCGGGUGGAAUGUUAUUUUCGCAUUGUGUUCAAAAUUAAAUAACAAAAUGAAGAAUUUCCCUGUGUUCGUGUUUCCCGUUUCUCUAGAGUUUUAUCUGAGUGCUCGUCAUACACACAAACAGUUAUUGACUGUUUACAAUCCAUACGAUUUCUCUGUAAAUUUUAAAGUGCUAUGUACUGCUCCGAAUAAGUUCACAGUAAUCGAUCCUGAAGGGUUGAUAGCUCCUCAAAGCUGCAUUGAUAUUGUUGUGCGAUACACCCAACCAUCUGUAUUGCAUUGCAACACAACAGAGAAGUUUCGAAUUACUAUGUACGACAGAAAUACCCAGCAGGCACUGGGCAAAAGGGAUAUCCCGACAAAAUUAUUAGAAGGUGAACCCAUAAACCCUAACCUGGAGAGCUUAGGAGACAGUUUCCACCCCCUAUCUUCCAGAGUGGUCCCCCAGAAACAGGCAGAAGAACAUAUGCAUGACAAAUGCAACCAUUCACAUCACAGAGAACAUCAGCCAGUAAAUGUAGUGGCAGUAGCAGUGAGCAUAUGCUGCAUUGCGGCACUUCUACUUCCGACCCAACCGGAAACGGUAGUAGAAUCACAGUUCCCGGAGUGGCUCCACAUUGGAUCCAACCUCAAACUAGUGUUUUCUUUCGUCCUAGGGCUUGUCAGUAUGCUAGUUUUACGACCAUAAGACCUAUAUUUUAGACGUCCUAAACUUACGUGCUUUAAUACUCAUAUUUUUUUGACCAUUUUGAAAUCCUGCAUGUACAAACUUAAGUAUAACAGGGAUUGUUUUAUUUGUUAUUUGCACAUUUUUCAAAUUAUUAUACAUGCAUUCAAAGCAUAGUUAAUUUUAUAAUACUUUGUUGAAUUCUGUUCUUCAAAAUUGUAUUCUAAGACCUAUAGGAUAAAUUACUAGGUUUUUUAUGUGGCUUUUUUAUAAUAAAGGACCCUUCUCUGUCCUUAUGCUUCAUGUGAAAUAAGGUCACAUGAAGCAUAAGGACAGACCUUUCAAUCACUAGAAGCAUAAGGACCCUUCUGUGCCACAUAUGAUGAAGUGCUCCAAAAAAAUUCAAAUUUCACUUUCAGAUAAAGUCUUAUUUACAAUUUGGUCUAAUCAACGUAAGUGCAUUUUGUAGAUUAAAGAAAUUAUUGUGCACAUUGAAUAUUUCCUUUGAAGUACAGUAAUCAUUAGGGGCAUAAAUACCUAAGUAAACUUUAUACCCACAAAAAUAUCUAAAACUGCUAAAAUUUGUACUAAAACGUUUUUAUAGGCUUAGACUGUGUGGGGUCUGUGUAAAGUUGUCCAGAAUUCAGGUAUUAUUUGAUUGUGUUGUAUUCUUAAUUUGUGCAGCUCGUGACUUGUCAUUUGAAGGUAAUAAAUACCUUUUAGAGUUAAACCAAGAUAAGUCAGCAACGAUUUUGACAGCACACGCAGUGCAAGUGUUAUUGUAAACGUCAAACUUCUAUGAAAUCAUAGAGUAACUUAAACGGGGUUAUUUCUAUCUUUGAUGAAAUUAUGAUGUAUAAAUAACACUUGCACUGCGUACGCUAUCAAAAUCGCUGCAGACUUUUCUUGGUCUAACUUAGAUAUAUUUUUCUUGUAUUGGUGCAAUGCUGAUAUUAUUUUGUUUUAGACUUGACAUAACUAAUCUACUUUAAAUUGGUAUAAGGUGCUAAGUCUGUAAUGUGUGUGAUGUGAUAUUAUAUUUUUACUGUAAUCUUAAUUGAUUAUUUUUUUAAAUUUAUGACGAUACAAUGAAAUAAGUAGGUAGAGUCAAUAUAUUUCAUUUUAAGAGUAUUUUGCAUUUAUAUCUAAAAGCGAAGUACUUGCGUAUAAAUUUUAUAAAAAAAAAGUCUUAGAGUUAGACCAAGAUAAGUCUGCAACGAUAUUGAUAGCACACACAGACAGUGCAAGUGUUAUUUCAAACGUCAAACUUCUAUGAAAUUGUGACGUAUAAAUAACACUUGCACUGCGUGUGCUAUCAAAAUUGUUGCAGACAUCUUGGUCUAACUCUAUAUGCUUACUACAGUGUUAAUAGACCUACCAACAACAAAACUUUUCUUUGAUUUAGGUCCAAAACGUUUAGCACUUGUUUUGGGUGUUAAUAGAGACAAGAAUGGGCAUAAAAAGUAUAAAUACUUAUGUUGUUUGUCUCAAUUUUUUUUUCAAAAGCUGCUCUUACUAAUCUAUUUAAAAAUCCAUCCUGUAUAGCAGAAUUCCAUUUCUUUUUAAAUGUAAUUGCUAUUAUAAAUAAUGUACAUACGUAAAUUAUUUUGUAUAUUGACAGUGUGUGUGUAUACUGUAUUUUGGGGUGGGGACCAUUGUUGUGGAAGCGUAUUGAUACCAAAUAGUAUGGCGGUGACAUUGAAAUAAAGUAUUUUAGGCAAAA